AAAAUUGUAUGGAAAUUUUAAGAAAUCAAGGGGCAUGUUGAUAAACAGAACAGCUUAAAACACCCGGAUGUUCAAAGGAACAGUAGCUUGUUUACACCCGAACACAGAACCAGUCCAUAGAAAGACAUACAAAGAUAAAUGUUGAACCAUACACUUUGUUCAACUAGUGCCCACAUCACACCAAAGGGCUAACAUACAGAGGCAAUAACAAUUAAGAUAGGGAUUUAAAAAGGUGUUGUUCUGCAGAAGUGGACUUCUAAAUCCAUAGGAUUUUAUUUCUGCAGUGGUGAAUACUGAGAGUAUGUCAACAUGGGGUAUCCUGCAGAACUGCUGUCUUCCAGCAUUUUAUUACUCUUUAUAUUUUAUAAUCCAACUGUGAUAGGUAAAGUCUGUAAUGUAAAAUAUGACUGUGGAUGGAAUAAUGAAUGUGUCAGCAACCAGUGCCAAUGUAUUCAGAACUUCCAAACAGCUUCAAAUGGAAGAGAUUGUACAGACCCCUCUUGUGGUGAUGCAAGGUGCAUAGAAUGUGAUACAAACCAGACGUGUAGAAGAUGUGUUGAUUUCAUAGUCAGGACUACUAGUCAGUGUAUAGAUUCUUGUCCAUUAGAUAGUCAAGUAUUGUCACUAAGUGGGGAUCAGCUGGGAUAUAUAUGUUCAGACACGGGAGCACGACAGGGCCAGGCUCUCCCGCAGCUGUAUCUCAUCAUCAUCAUCAUUGUAUCUGUAUGUGUUGUGCUUCUCUUGGUAUUGGGGUUCUUAUUUUAUUGGAGGUCUCAGAGAACGGGGACCAAGACCAGCUACCACACCACCCGCAGCAUUGAGAUGGGAAAUGUCCAUCAAAAUGGGUUUAUUAAAAAGCUUGAUACUCUUGAGAAGAAGGAAACCCAUUUGCCCAAUGUUGCUGUGUUUGAAAACCCAGGCUUUGAAUAUGAUGAGCCUCAAGAAGUUGAAGAAGUGGUGAUCAGUGAGGCAGAAAAAGAGGAAUUUAUGUGUCGCUUACUCAACUUGAAAUCAAAGACUGACAUAUUUUUGGCCAUGUUGAAUGAGGCUAGAAUCAAAUACAGAAGCAUUCAACAUACUCAUCCCAAAGUCUUGGUUUAUAAAAAUGUGAUUCACCAGUUGUGUCGAGUGUUAACAUUACUUAACAAACAUGAACGUGAUGUUAUAAUGCCUGCUGAUGGGCUAUCACUUCUACAGUGGGGAGACAAAACACUCAAACACUACCUGGCUAUAAGAGGGGCUAUGAAUAACAACACCAAAGACAAUGGCAAACAGCAUCCAGAUGACACCAGUGAACAUGGCACAGUAUUUACAACUUUUGGAUACAGUGAUGGAUCUCUGAACAAGCUGCAUCUGUCCCUCUCCUCCAGGAACUCCCAUGACUCUGAUGAGAUGUCAGACUAUUCAGGACAGUUUCCAAUUAAUCUGGAGGAUACUACGUCUCCUAUUGAAGUGUAGCAUUUCAAGCUGCUCUGGUUGAUAAAGCUGGUCCAGGUCAUUUUAGCACAAAUUCUGCUGUAGCCAAAUAAUCAAUUGUCACAGUAUAUCAGAUCAGUGAUAAAAUGGUCAAAAUUGAUUAGAUCAAAUUUCCCUUUGCCAAAUGGAUGGUUUUGUAGUUUAUGAAAAAAUAAAAUAAGCUUUAAGCUCCUUGAUAUUAAACAUGGAUACCGUGCACUGGAGCUGGAGAUACAAGCUGUGCAGGACACAGUUGUUUUUAAAAUGCAAUGAGCACUUUUUAAUACAAAUCUCAAAGAAGAACAACCUAUUUUAAUUUGUCAUGCCUGUGUUGAAUGUUUUUGCAGCUUGGUUAAACUUCAAAAGUAUGAUUCUUGAUAGUUAUUGGAAAUAAAAGCAUCUUUUGUCUCAGUCAUUAAAAUUUGUAGAUAUGUAGAGAGUAGAUCCCACUGUAAGAGUAUUGCCAAUGCCAAUACAGGGUGACCUGGAGUUAUGUACAGCUUGCAUUCAGCCAGGUUGUUUGUAAGUGCAUUUGUUUGUGAAUCCAAUACAAAGUGGGUUGCAGGAUGCUAUAUGCAUGGAAGUAUAUGGGUUUUUAAGUCCCCAUGUGAAAUAGAGUGUUGUACAUAAAAAAGAGUUUUACAAAUUUUAUUUUUUUAAAUGUUUAUAAUCUUACCUUGAAAACGUGCAGAACGUUGUAUUGUUCAUAACUCUUGGGUCACUGUACAUGCUGUAGAUGUGUGAUUUUUCUUGAUAGUAGCGGUAUGAAUCUCCUAUUUAGUAGAGAAUGAUUACAGGAAAUAUAUUUUACAGAUAUAUUGUUGAAGUUAGAAAACAUUCCACUAGUAUUUUAUAACAUGCUAGUAAUUCUUUAGAUUAUUACUGAGCUGAAAUUGCUUAUAUUGCUUAGUUUACUAUCUGAUAAUUUCAGAUUAAAUAAAAUAGGUUGUCAAAAUGUAAACUUUUUAUAAAUGUUUGUCGCACAAAUGUCUACUUUAAUAACACCUUUGAUAUGAAUGAGUCAACUUAGGAUAUAUUUUAUAAUCUUUUCUGCCUUGCA